AUGGUGGCCAACAACAUGCUUGCCAUCAUGCUGGCCGUUGCGCUCAUUAGCACGAGCGCGUUUGCGGCUCCCUUGUCGACAGUGCAUCGCCGUGAAGCAACCGCCGAUGCUUUGGCCGACUUGUUGUCUGAGCUAAUUGCGCAGGAGGUGACUGCACAACUCGCCAACAUCGCCAACGUAACCUCUAUUCAGAACCUGAUGGCCAAGGACAGCGCCCUCGAGCAAGCCGAUAUGAGCCUAGAGGCAGCCAUUGAAGACGAAACCCAGCGUGCGCUUGCGGCGGAGGCUGAGCUUCGCAAUCAAGCUUCCAACGAGCUCAACUGCAUGCGCGGUGCGUCCGAAUACUUGCCUGAGCCCUUUUGCAACUGCGAGCCAGACUAUUCGGGUCAACUCUGCGACACCUGGGUUGGGGGCGUGCUUACCACGCUCACCGACGUGGACAACGCCAUCAUCGCCAUGGCUGGCAUGCCCAAGAUUGGUGCGCUCAGUGUGCCCCCACACUUGGCUACCCCAGAGCUGCGUGCGGCCCUUGGGGAGAUGCCCCGCUCAAUCGUCAACUUGACCAUGGACUGCUCGGCCUUCCCUGAAUGCGCAAGCCAGAUGGACCUCAGCUGGAAUGUGCCCCAUGAGUUUGCGGGAUGGUCCAUCACCGGAUCGCUUUGGCUGGACGGCACCGCCUUUACGGGCCUGAGCACCAUGACUCUCGACUCGCUCCAGCGGGUUGCCGUUCUCAACGCGCUGCAGCCGCUUGACCUCAAUCUCAAUGCCGCCAACUCGCUGCAUACCAUUUACCUCAGCAAUACAACUUUGAUGAGCUUUAUGGCCCCCUCUCAUGGCGUCCAGUCCAUGAGCUCGCUUAUCCUCGAGCACUUGCCCGGUCUGAUGGAGAUUACGGGCCUCAGUGAUGUCAGUGAAUUGGCGCAAUUGCAGCUGAUCGAUCUGCCGGACUUGACCUUCUUCUCUGCCAUGCCAAGCCUGUCAACCGUCAGCUCUUCGUUGGUCCUCAACGAUCUCCCGUUUUUGGGCGGCAUGUAUGCGCAUCCCUCAACAAUUGCGCAGCUGGAUAUUGCCAACUGCCAUGCGCUGAGUGACAUGGCAAUUGAUGCCCAGUUCUUCGCUGGGCAGGCCACCGUGACUUUGGGCGACAUCUGUUGGACGGGCAGUGAACUGCAGCGCACGCCAGACUACAACCUUGACCGCCUUCUGACCCAAGAACAGCUGAUCCGAAACACCUUCCCGCAACCGGCCAGCAUCCAAGCGUGCAACUGCAGUGGCACUGACUUUGGCCAACCUCUUUGCAACGAGUACCAGCUGGACCUCGUGUGCAGCUCCCCCGCAGACCAUGCAACGUUGGUACAGCUCGCACCGCACAUCCAGAGCUUUGUCGGCACUGCCCGCCUGCAUUUUGCCGAGGGCUGUGAGGCUGACUUCUCACUGCUGUCGACCUUUUCGAGUCUGCGCGUGUUGGGUACGCUGGAGAUUGAUGGCCCCCAGGCCUUUGAUGAGACGGAACUGAACAACUUUUUGCAUCCGAUUCAAGCCAUUCACUCCUUGAUCCUGCGCAACGUGGAUUAUUCGCUGCUCAACUUCCCCAAUCUCAACGCCUUGCUCAACAUUGAGAUUGUAAACGCCACGCAUCUCGUACAUCUCGAAAUGCCCAACUUGUUCCAGGCCUACUCGAGCUACGACCAGAUGCUACAGGAGGCCGUUGUAUCCGCAUUCAAAGUGACGGAUGCGCCCAACUUUUUGGGUCUGCUCGGCCCCAUGGUGCCCCCCUUUGUCUACGAUCAACUCUGGUUGACAAACACUGAUGCCUUUGACAAUUUGCUCCAGUUUAACAUUUCAUACACCUAUGACAUCAGGUUUGACAACACGGGCCUGGUCGAUCUGGUCGGUGUGCGCGCCAUCUUGCCCCCGUCCACACUCGUCGUCAAGAACAAUGCUCUUCUGACGGACUGGAACGGAUAUUAUCCCGUCCUGAACGGCAGCGCGUACAUCGACAUUGACAACAACGCCGCGCCCUCGCCCAUCUAA